AUGUUUUCGUCGUCUGCUGCCCGGCUCCGUCCAGUGAAAACCCCUAGCACCCAGCGAUUUGUAUCUUAUGUGCUUCCUGCGGUCCCUCUCUUAGAUAGUCUCCGUGCUACCAGUUCUGAGUUUUCUGGCCUUUACUCGGCUAAGAGCGUUAACGAUUUGUGGUUCACCCGUGGACAAGCUGUGGUCGAUCGUUUGAACUCUCAGCUUGAGGAAAACAAAGUGCGCAAUCCACCAGCUGAUUUGAGCGAGUUGAUUACCCUUACAUUCGCCAAGCCUGGAUUGAAUGGAGUAUACGAGCUGGCAUCUCUCUUGCACAAGAUGCACUUCUGCUGGGAAUCUUUGCGUCCUAGUAGCAAUGGAGUUGUUUCCAAGGCAUCAGUGGACGCUUUGUUGAAGACUCCAUCUAUCGCCACGCGCUUUGCCAACGAGCCAACCGACGAAGCUUUGGCUGAGUGGAUUCGCGAUUCUUUCGGAUCAGUUGCUGAGUUGCGGACGCUCAUGCUCAACAGCGCAAACGCCAUCAAGGGCGAUGGUGCCACGUGGUUGGUGGCGCAAGCCACAUACGCUGAGAACACUAGCGAUGAUGUAUCGUACAGUCGUUUAGCGGUCAUGAACACGUACAACGCGGGCGUGGUCGAUGAUGCUCUCCGUCUGGGCCAGGUGGCUCGUAUGAAGCAGCAGAAGCGUGCUCGCGCAGAGGCCCUUCAAAGUCGCGAUGCUUCUAAUGAGACGCUAGAAGAGGUUUCAGAAAAUGGAGCUGAAACCAACGUGUUGGGAACGGUGGAGGAAGCUGAGGAAGCACUCUUGUUUUCAGAGCGUAAGUUGGUUCCUUUGCUUGCAGUGGAUGCAUCCAUGAGUGCGUACUUGGGAGACUACGGUGUGUUUGGCAAACAGCAGUACUUGGAUAAUGUGUGGGAAUGCAUCGAUUGGGACACUGUGGCGCGGAGAGCACCUCGGCGUUUCAAGCCAUCGGUGGUGUUUGAGCACUGA